AUGCGUUUUAGCACCGCUCGAAAGGCAAGUCGACAAGCUCAGCAGAGCCCCAAACUUUCCGAUCCAGACACGAUCGAAGCACUUCAAUAUCGCAGUAAUGGCGGAUCCAUAGAUGGAAACGAGAAACAUAACCUCGGCAGCAAGCCUGCCUCCUCGAACGGCUCCGCUUCGCCGACCCUACCCACCACUCCAGACAGCGUCAAGGUCCAAAUCGAAUCGGACUCACGAAGCACGCAGGAUGAGGCUGCCUCACUUGCAAAGACAUCUUAUUGGCACAUAUUUCGCUACGCAAGCAAGCGGCAGUUCCUUCUGAACCUUGUGGGUUUCUUCAUGGCCGUCGCUUCUGGUGCAGCUCAGCCUUUGAUGACCAUCUUCAUCGGCAAGAUCUCGGGUGUAUUCCUUCAAUAUACAUCUGCUAUCAAGUCCGGAAACCACCUUGAGUACGAAGCUGCCAAGGCCGAAGUCUACAAGACCAUCAAUCGGGAUGCCACCAUCAUCCUCUAUCUCGGCAUCGGACUGUUCUUCUCGAGUAUGGUCUACAUGGCCAUAUUUUCUUAUACCAGCGAAAGGAUCGCCUCCAACAUCCGAUACGCCUACCUUUUUGCUCUCCUUCACAAGUCGAUCGACUUUUUCGAAAGGUAUGGCCAAGGUACUGUCGCCGCCCGGAUUGAAUCAGAUGUUCACCUCAUUCAGAUCGGUGUCGGCGAAAAGCUGCCGAUGGCUAUCAUGUAUCUCUCUACCUUCCUCUCGGCUGCAGCAGUUGCCUUCUCACUCUCUUGGAGGCUAUCACUCGUCUUGCUCCCUAUUGCUCCCCUCAUUCUCUUUUCUGGUGCCCUCAUGGGCAUCUUGACCAAGAAGACCAAGCUUGUCGAGCUCGGUUGCGUGGCUAAGGCCGCUUCACGCGCUGAGGAGGCGUUCAACGGCAUCAAGAUUCUCAAAGCUUUCUCAAAGGAACACGUGCUCACCAACGAGUACGACAAGCUUACGGUCGAUACCAAGGUUGCAGGCGCCAAGGCUGGCGGUAUCCAAGGAACGGGUGUUGGCGCUUUGCUCUUCAUCAUCUACUCGGGGUACGCGCUCGCCUUUUUCUAUGGCGCCACGCUAAUUGCACGUGGCGAGUUGCCUCCUGGAAGAAUUGUCAGUGUCGUCUUUGCCAACUUUGCCGGUGCCUUUGCCAUUGCCAACUUCUUCCAGAUGCUAGAGGCAUUCACCAUGGCGACUGCAUCUGCCACAGCCAUCUUCGACACGAUCAAACACGACUCGGACAGCGCCAACGCCUCGGAGCUUCGAUUGCUUGAGGGCAAGCAAGAUUCCGGCCGCAAGCUUGGUCGAGGAUACAACGCAGAGCUCAGCCUUGACCGUGUCAGCUUCGCUUAUCCAUCCAAGCCAGACAGACCCGUUCUGCAUGAUCUCUCUCUUCGAUUUCGAAACGGUGUUCCUACAGCCAUUGUUGGUCUCUCGGGUUCAGGCAAGAGCACCAUCUUCGCACUACUUCAACGCUUCUAUGAGCCAACGGAAGGUGCGAUCCGCCUCGAUGGUGUGGAUGUUCGCGACUUGAGCGUCGAUUGGUUCCGCAGGGAGGUGGGCGUUGUAGAGCAGCAACCCACUCUCUUUGCUAUGUCCAUCCGGGCCAACAUUGAGCUCGGACUGCCCGACCGCAAGAACCAUACUCGAGAGGAGCUGCAGACUCUUGUUGUUCAGGCCGCUAAGAAAGCCAACGCCCACGACUUUAUCACUGCUUUGGCUCAUGGCUACGAGACCGAGGUCGGCUCGCAAGGCUUCUUGCUCUCGGGCGGUCAAAAGCAGAGGAUCGCUAUUGCACGUGCUCUGAUCAGGGACCCCAAGAUUCUCUUGCUGGACGAAGCAACGAGCGCGCUCGACUCCAACAGCGAGGCCGUCGUUCAAGCAGCUCUCGAUGCAGCCGCCAAGGAUCGAACAACUAUCAUCAUAUCUCACCGCCUCAGCACUGUUCGCAACGCAUCACACAUCAUUGUGCUUGGUCCAGAUGGCAUCAUCGAACAGGGCAGCCAUCAGGAACUAAGCGCCAAGCAAGGUGGUGCGUUUGCCGGUAUGCUUCAGCACCAAGAUGAUGGCAACCAAGCAAGUCCAGAUGCCGUAGAGCCUAUAUCUACAGCUAAGUGGCUCUCUCCUCCCCUCCAAGAAGGGAGCAACGUUGUACAUUCACUCGAUCUCCCUCGACCAAGUGCCUCCAAGAGAUCGACUGAAGUCAGAAGGCAUUCCUCCGUAGCGCCGAGGUUUCCCUCUGUGCAAUCUGGAGGAGCCCCAGCUCUUGCCCAAAAAUUCUCAAGCCGAGUUGCGGCCGAGGAGAAUUCGCCCGAAUACGCCAAAACUACCGCAGAGAAAAUCGAGACAAAAGGACUUCGAAGCCUGUUCCUCCUUCUCCUCAAAGACCCUGAGACAGGUAAUCUUGGCGGUCUUUAUCUUUCCGGAGCCCUCUGUGCCGCUAUAAUCGGGGCUGUGUACCCAAUAUACGCAAUCCUCUUCGGUACGGCGAUGGAAGACUAUGCGCCAUGCAAUACCUCGAACGGCCACCCUUGCCCUGAACCUGCUCGUCACAUCAUGCUGCACAACAACUUGAUCAGCUCCGGAUCUUUCUUCAUCGUCGCGGUUGGUUGUGCCGUGAUCAGCUUCUUCCACGUGCGUUCGCUCUACGUUGCUGGAUCGCGGGUGACGCAUCGACUGCGCGUACUCGUCUUCCAAAGCCUGCUUUGCUUGGAAGCUAGCUUCUUUGAUGACCCUGCCAACACGAGCAACGAUCUCGCUAGCAGUCUAAGUGCCAUCUCACAGGGUGUCUACGGAGGUCUCGGUCCGACGCUUGGCUCUAUUGUACAAAGUUUGGCAACCGUCGCGGUCGGCUAUACAGUUGCAAUUGGCUACGGCUGGCGUCUCGCUCUGGUGGUCAUUGCGUCCACACCUUUGACUAUCACGGCCGGACUCAUGCGCCUCCGUGUGCUAGUCCUCAAGGAGUCAAGGACGAAAAGAGCACAUGCAAAAACGACUCAACAAGCUUGCGAGGCAAUCGGCGCCAUCCGUACGGUCGCUUCCUUCAACCUGCAACCCCAAACGCUCGAGAUGUAUCGAUUCAACUUGGAACGAGCAUCUCGCUCACUGUUGCCGACCAUCGGUUUCAGUAGUGUCUUGUUCGCCAUAUCGCAGUGCGUGCAGCUACUCGUCACAUCACUUGCCUUUUGGUACGGAGGCCGAGAGCUGGCGGUUGGCAACACUUCCUCAAAAGGCUUUUUCACAAUUCUCAUCUCGGUCGUGUAUGGAAGUGUUCAAGCCGGCAACAUCUUCAACUACAGUGCCGAUUUCUCCAGCGCUCACUCUGCAGCUUGCAGAUCGUUGUCGAUCAUGAACCAAGCCAAGCAAGUGGCCGAUGCCAGCGCGGAGGGCAAAGACUUCGCAUCGAAGGCUGACGAAACCGCGCCUUGCGGCCAGAUCUCGCUUGAAAACGUCACCUUCCGCUACCCUCAGCGGCCGACUGCUGUCGUGCUCGACAAUCUAUCCAUGACGAUCGAAGCCGGAUCGUUCUGUGCUAUCGUUGGUGGCAGUGGCUCCGGCAAGUCGACUGUUCUGCAGCUCAUCGAGCGCUUCUACACACCAGAGACUGGACGUGUGCUCCUGGACUCGAAGUCCAUUAUCGAGGGCGAUCCUACCAAGUUCCGUCGAUAUCUCUCAUACGUUCCGCAAGAGCCCACUCUGUUUGAGGGCACAAUCGGGUGGAACAUCGCUCUUGGCGUUGCUGACAUGGAUCCUAACCAAGUUCCGCUCGUCAAGAUCCAGGAAGCCGCCGAACUUGCCCAGCUAGGUGAUCUUCUAGCAAGUUUACCGGAAGGUUUGAACACCCAGCUCAGCGCAAGAGGCGUUCAAAUGUCUGGAGGUCAGAAGCAGAGGAUUGCUAUUGCUAGAGCGAUUAUCCGUGACCCGAAGGUCCUACUGCUCGAUGAAGCGACCUCGGCGCUCGACCCCGCCAGCGAGCGAGCGGUACAGAGCGCGCUUGACAGUGUCAGUCAAGGCCGAACUACCAUUGCUGUCGCACAUAGGCUUUCUACGAUUGUCAAAGCGAACAAGGUGAUUGUCAUGCAGGCUGGUAAAGUGGUGGAACAGGGUAGUCCGAGGGAGCUGUUCAAACGGGAUGGACAUUUCGCAAAUAUGUGCCGGUUGCAGGGUCUCUCUCUCUAG